AUGUCCGCUCGAAGCCCGCCCGCACUCACCAGGAGCCUGCACGCGUCACCCACCGCCGCCACACAUCGAGCCCACGCCCGCUUGACUCGCUCGCGGCCGCUGUCCCCGCCUGCCACCCCCCACAUCCACGCUGCACCCAGAGGCGUGUCCUUCCUGCGCACAUACACACCCGCCUCCGCCAUGGCGCCCACCCCCUCCACCCGCGCAAUCGUCAUAUCCGGCCCCUCGGGCGCCGGCAAGUCGACCAUCCUCAAGCGCCUCUUCGACGAGUACCCCGACCGCUUUGGCUUCAGUGUGUCGCACACCACCCGCAACCCGCGCGGCGCUGAGAAGGACGGCGUCGAGUACCACUUUGUCACCAAGGACGAAUUCAACGAUCUGGUCGAGAAGAAGGGAUUUGUUGAACACGCGACAUUCGGCAGCAACAGCUAUGGCACCAGCAUCAAGGCCAUAGAGGAGAUUGAGGAGAAGGGGAGGACCUGCAUUCUGGACAUCGAGAUGGAGGGCGUCAAGCAGGUCGCAAACCACCCCACCUUCCCCCGCCCGAGGUUCCUGUUCCUCUCUCCACCGAGCAUGGACAUUCUCGAGAAGCGCCUGAGGGGCCGUGCCACCGACAAGGAGGCCGACAUCCUCAAGCGCCUCAACCAGGCCAAGGUCGAGAUGGAGUUUGCGAACAGCCCCGAGGCACCGCACGACAAGAUUGUCGUCAACGACGACCUCGAAAAGGCGUACCAGGAGGCCAAGGCCUUUAUUGUGGGCGACGACGCAUGA